CUUUUCUAACCCACACGAUACUAUCCACCCCACGCACUGCAACCCAAACAACGCUGAAGAAAAAUAGUGUUGCCGACGCCAACCGGUGCCACAGCAGCACUCCCAUUUUACGCGGAUAAGACCCUUUGCAGAGCGAAAGGCCGCAGAUCCUGGUCCAGUCACCCGGACGCGAGGGUACACCGAGCCCAACAGCAACCGCACCAAGCCAACCCCGGAACCAACACACGCAUAUACCUACCCACUUAUACGCGCGCGCACAUACAUACACACACCUGAAACAAGAUGGCCAAGAAGGGCGGCGGCGCUGGCGAGAACAGCAAGAAGGCUGCUGGGCAGGCCAGGAAGGCCGAGGCCGCGGCCAGCAAGAAGGCUGCUGAAGACUCGAAGAAGGCCGCGGUAGACGACGCCGAGUGGGCAAAGGGGUCCAAGAAGGCGAGCGCGAAAAAGGAGGAGGACGCGGCCAAGAAGGCGGAGGCCGCGCGGAAGAAGGCCGAGCGUGAUGCGCUGCUCGCCGAGGAGGAGAAGAACACUCCGGGGAGAUCGGCGCCUAAGAAUGCCAAGUCGGCUCAGAAGAAGACCAGGGUUGGUGGUAUCGAUGCCGCCCUGGGAGGUCUAGACGGACUCGGAGAUGGCAAGUUGGCGACGCUUAAUGCGUCUGGUCUUGAUAAUGCCCUGGAUGCGCUCGAUAUUACGAGUUCGGAUAACAGGGUUAAGAUCGAUCGUCGUCCGGAAAGACGAGCGAGAAUUGCCAAAGACGCCUGGGUGAACGCGCAAAUGGAGAAACUGUCAGAUGAAGGUUUCUUCAAGAUCAAGGGCAAUAAACGCACCGCGUGGCUGGAGAAAUUGCGUGAACAGUUCGACAAUUCACCUGAUAAUCCAUUGAACCAGGCCCACGGCACAUAUAAUAUGACACCGGACGAGAUGGCGGAACUCAGAGCUCAGGAGACGGAAAAGAUUGAGAACAGACUCGCUGAGAAAUGAGGGGGCCGCAGGCUUUAACCAGACCAAGAUUGGAUCAGAGUUCAGCCCAGUGUGCGGCGUCUGCGGCCACAGGGGGUCUGCUCAAGCCACGGGUCGCCGAGCGAUGGGGGGUAAAAUUGGUCUUGAGUCCCACUUGUGCGGGUCUUGGUACGAUCAAGAAGCGCGAUAUAUUCAUACGUGGUUGUUUAUGGAGAGCUGAAGGAAGACGUUCCUAUUUCUCGAAUGGGGAGAUUUCCGAGAGGUCGUCAUCGGCGGCCGGGAAGCCGGCAUGGCGCAGACAGUGAUAUAGUAUCAAACAUCUCCCUGGAUUAGACAGUCCUGUCCUUUUCGAGAAGUCCUAUUGUAGAAAGACAGGACACAAUGACCAAUCCAAGAACACCUCCCUUGUGAAAUUUCGAGAUCCUGCUGCUGGAUGAAUUUACUUUACUCGAGUGAGCUUU